UGUGCAUGUGGACGGAACCAGAUGGUGGAGCCUUGCCAGUUCCAGAUAUUCGUAAAGGCUUCUUUAUUUUGGGUUGGUGGGUGCGGUACGGUGCGUAUGUAUGUAUUAUGUGUGUGGACGUCGUGUACUGCUGUGUGUGUGUGAUCUGAAAUCGACUUUUUAAAAGAUUUUCUUCACAAUCAAGUGUGCGUUGUGGUAUAUAAAUGAAUGCUCCAAAGGAAAGUGAAGGUGGUCAGGCUCGAGCACCUGGCAACUGGCCUUCUGGAGCUCCACCACCGGCACCAGGAAGUUUAGAAGCAGGACUGCAAGUACAAGCAUCACAGGUGCCAUUAGAUUGCCCUCCAGGAUUGGAAUAUAUGACACAGAUUGAUCAUUUACUGGUUCAUCAGCAAGUUGAGCUCCUUGAAGCCUUCGUGGGUUUUGAGACUAACAACAGGUAUGUUGUCAAAAACACACUUGGUCAACAGGUUUACUAUGCUGUGGAAGAUACAAACUGUUGCACUCGCAAUUGCUUUGGAAAUUGUAGAUGUUUUGAUAUGAAGAUCUUGGAUAAUGCUACGCGUGAAGUGGUGCAUUUAAAUCGUGGCUUAAGAUGUACAAGCUGCUGGUGUCCAUGCUUCCUGCAGAAGUUGGAAGUGUGUUCUCCACCAGGCACAAUUAUUGGAUAUGUGUGUCAGUCGUGGAGUGUCUGCUACCCCAAGUUUACCAUUCAAGAUGCAAGUGGAACAACAAUUCUGCGUAUUGAAGGACCAAUGUGCACUUGGAACCUCUGUGGAGAUGUAGAAUUUGAUGUGCUUUCAUCAGAUGGUAACACAAAGGUUGGGAAAAUCUCAAAGCAGUGGAGUGGAUUUGCAAAGGAAGCAUUCACCGAUGCAGACAAUUUUGGCAUAUCUUUUCCUAUGGAUCUGGAUGUUAAAAUAAAAGCUGUAAUGCUUGGAGCAUGCUUUCUUAUUGAUUUUAUGUUCUUCGAAAGAUCAGGCAACAAGAAAGACCAAAAGAAGGCUGGUAUGCUUGGUUAGAGUGGUCAAAAGGCUGAACAAAGAAUGCACGAACAGGUUUCCAGAUAACAACAUUGUAUGUAACCCUUCAAAGGCUGAACAAAGAAUGCACGAACAGGUUUCCAGAUAACAAUAAUUGUAUGUAACCCUUCAAUAACUAAGUAUAAAAGAUUUGUAAAUCAUUGGUAAGUUGUAAAUAUUGGUGAAUACCUUAGGAUAUUUCUUGUCUGAAAUCCUUCAUGGGAUGGGUUUUUCCUCUGCGUUUUGGGCCAAAAUUGGUCAAUUUGAGUGUGAGGUCAUUCUAUUUUGUUCAAAAAUAAGGGCUAAUAUUUCACUUAAAGGAACAUUACAGAAUUGGUUUUGCUAGCAAAAAAGUUGCUGUCAGUGUAAACACUUUAUGUAAUACAUAAAGUGACAAACAUGUAAAAGUUUUUGAUCGAUUGGCCAUCUGGGUCAUGAGAGAAUAGUGAAAAACCGAUUACAAAUUUUGCAUUGCAUCGAUGCCCAAACAAAAUUGAGAAAAAAAAACGCUCACUGAGCUAUAAACUCCGAACAUAAACUUUCUCAUCAAAUAUGACAUUUCAAUUCAGACAAAAAUAUUUCAAGGGAUGUUUGCUACUAUCAUCAUCAUUAGACCGUGUAAGUUUUAUGUAAAUCUGUGAUCUUGAUUUUUGUUUCUUACCAAUUUUGUAACGUUCUCUUAAUGUGGAAGUAAAUAAUCUCUUGCAUCUGCUUUGAAACAGUUGACAAUCCACUUUGACCAACAUUCAAAUCAAAUAGCUGUUUGCAGCGUGCAUUCCGGUCAUUCAAUUCGUUUUCAGAGAUUCUUUUGCGGGAAUUAGCAACCAAAUGUAUGCUAUAGAGGAACAUGAAUGGUUGUAUUUUGUAAGAAUCAUUUUCUUUGUGUUCUUCGACAACAACUGCAACAAAAGUGCAAGUGACCCCAAAAAUUACAAUUUAAAAAUGUUAUAUUUAUACAAAUUUUGUUAAACUGUGCAGCAAAUUUAUUUAACUUUGCUUCAUCUCUUGUCAAAUUAAACAAUAAUCAUGUACAUUUGAAAGAAAGACAGGGAAAAAAAGUAACGCGGCUGUUGUUAAAAGCACCUAAAAAUUUUAAAAUGUUACUCGUAUUCUAAAAAAGGAAAUACCAGGAGGCGGAAAAUUUUAUUAUGGUGAUUUUGACACCUCUUUUGUUAUAAUCGGUCGAGUAUUGUUGUCGUGGUGAAAAGUGCCCAUUUCCAUUGUUGCAGUGACUCCUAUUGACAAGAACAGCUUUUCAAAAUUCCUGCUAUAUUAGCUCCACGCUGAAUCGAGGAGAGAUCAAUCAUGUCAAUAGGAGUUACAUGUACUGCAACAUUGGAAAUGGGCACUUUUCACCUGUCGGCACAUACCGUGACAACACAUACCGUGACAACAAACGAGGUGUCAAAAUCACUGUAAUAAAAUUUUCCGUCUCCUGGUAUUUUCAUUUUAAAAUACAAGUAAAAAGUUUUAAAUUAUAGGUACUUUUACAACAGUCAUGUUACUUUUUUUGCUGUCGCUACUUCCAAUCCCUUGCACCCUAUUUUUAAUACUGUAGCCUUUAUACUCCUUCUGAUUUCUUGUCUACAUAAAAUAAACAUAAUUUUAAAAACCCCUGGCUGCAGCUUUCAAGGGUGUGAGUAAGCUUCGGUAUAAUCCUUGGCCACACGGCAGUUAAAGAUAUUAACCGCCAAUGUUCAAGUACUGCACCAGUCACUUUUUUGUAAACCCAAACUAUUUAAAACAAACUAAUUACAAUUUCAAGUAAUAAACCACAAGGUUUUGCCAAUUUCAAGUAUUACUCCUUUAGGUACAUUUUUUUUGUGGAAAACUAAGAACUUCAUAUUUUCUUUCUGAAAUUGUGUUAAAAUUUGUUGCCUUCAUACUGUUGGUUCUAUAUAAAUUUAUAUAAUACAUGUAAACUUGUUUUUGGUUGUUUUUAGGUGUUCUGACCUACCAUUGGAACAGGUUUUGUUUUUGUCGAGAUUUUUAUUGUUUUUAUUAUUAGCUGUUCCGACCUACUGUCGGAACCUGUCGGAACAGGUAUUGUUUUCUUCGAGUUUUUAAAAAUGUUUUAGAAACGUUCUUAGUUUCCGCCAAAACACCAUAGGUUUAACGCACGAUUUUUGUUUAUUCGUAAUCUUAGAAACGGUAGAAAUGACAGACUUGAGUCAUAUACAUGUAUGGAAUCGAAGCUUAGUACGUGACUUAAUCACUAAACUUGGUGUUAUUUAAUUUCUUAAUCAGUUAGCUGAGUUUUAAUGACAUGAAUAUUUAAUUAUGCAAUCUUGUUAAUGCCAUAUCUCCCAAAAUAAACGUCAGAUUUUCAAAAUUUGUUCAUAUUCUUAUUCUCUGGCUAUUGAAGUUGUGCGAAAUGAAGUAAUUUUUUCUGUCACAUCAUCUUGAAAUUAUUUUUCAUAAAUAUAUACAGUUAUUAUAUAAGGAAUUAAAUCCCGGCUUCUGUGUUGAUAGAUCGAUUGGGCCGCGGUUUACCGCGGGUGCUUAUACCCAGAUGGUCUGCAGUUCGAAACCCUCGGGAAUCUCGACGAAAUCAAUAUUAUAACGCAUACAUUUUACAUUUUUUUUUACAAAAAGAAAUAUGUACACUACAUUAAAACAAUCAGUACAACAUGUUCUUUUUCCCCAAAUUUUUGGCUCAUGAGAAGCUUCUUUCCGGAAAAAUAUCACGUUCCUGAUUUUGUCCUCGCGCAUAGGUGUAGGUAUGGAGAAAGUUGGUUCUUCGAUUCAUUACGAAGCAUCAUGGUUAUAGCUACGACGAGGUAGAACAUGUGGAUGCAACCACUUUUCCGCUAAUAAAUAGCGCUAUUUUUGCAGUUAUUUCGCUCUAUGUAUGUUGUCAAUCAAAGUGCCAGCCUUUUCUUCCUAAACCUUAUCACUGAAGACAAACCUAUGUGAAACAUAAAAACUUGUUUCUUUACUUAUUUGGCUUCGAUCAAAGGCAUCAUGUACGAGUAAAAGUGGACCGUGCAUGCACGAAUACACCUGCUUGAGAUUUGGAAGUUUACACGGCAUACACAUUUUAUAAAUGACCAUCGAAAUGGUAGGCCUACUAUCAAUGCAUGUAAAAAUUGUAAGUGUCUUGUGGUGAAUCAUAAAGAUGUAGUGUUAAGUGUAUACUUGUAAUUGUAACUUGUUAGUGUAAAGAGUAAUUUUUCAGAUCA